AGGUCCCGGGGAGCCCGAGCUGGGCUGGGGGCCUGGAGUCGUGAGCGGUCGGGCCGACCUGCUCGGUCCCACCGGGUGUCCGCUGAGCGCGGGACCGGCGUGCCCGAGAAACAAGGAGAGAUCCUGUCUCCCCAAACCUACUUUCCGCCCUCUCGGCCGAACAACCCCGCCUCUGUCUUGGGAAGAGAGCAGAGAGAUUGUCCUUCCCAUCUAGGCCUGGGGACUGGCCCUUCCGGCCUCGGGGGGAGGGUGCGGGGGAGGGCCUGGAACCUCGCCUGCAGUCCCGAGAGAGCGGACGGUCCUUUCGUGACCAUCAGAUUUGUUUACACGUUUCCCUCAUUGCUCGGCCCCACCUUUCAGGCCCGGUGACUCGGAGCUCCCAAGUGCCUGCCUCGAGAGGCAGGGGCUUUGGGGAUCGGCUCAGAAGUUUUGAUCUUUGGGUCCCCAGGGCCAAACCAGGUGCCUGCCCCGAGGAGGGGGCACGGUAAUUCCGUGUUGCUUAGAUGAGGGAAUGGCAGUGGGCCAUUAUUGCCUCUUAACCAGUGAGUAACUCCCCAGGCUUCCCUCCUAACUACUCCCACAGUGACCUUGGUCAGGUCACCCUACCUCAGUGAAUCUCUGUUUCUCAGUUGACAAAGUAGAGCUGACAACUGCUUUAAAAGGUUAUCGUGAGGAUCGUUUGAAUUCAUGUUAAAAUUGAAGCUACAAGAUGGCUGACCAGAACCCUGGGGGCAUUAGCCCCCUCCAACAAAUGGUGGCCUCAGGCACCGGGGCUGUGGUCACCUCCCUCUUCAUGACACCCCUGGACGUGGUGAAGGUACGCUUGCAGUCUCAGCGCCCCUCCGUGGCCGGUGAGCUGAUGUCUUCCUCCAGACUCUGGAGCCUCCCCUACGCCAAAUUGCCCUCCUCUCUCCGAUCCACAGGGAAGUGCCUCCUGUACUGCAAUGGUGUCCUGGAGCCCCUGUACUUGUGCCCAAAUGGUGCCCGCUGUGCCACCUGGUUCCAGGACCCCACGCGUUUUACGGGCACCUUGGAUGCCUUUGUGAAGAUCGUGAGACAUGAAGGCACUAGGACCCUGUGGAGCGGCCUCCCAGCCACCUUGGUUAUGACUGUGCCGGCCACUGCCAUCUACUUCACCGCCUAUGACCAACUCAAGGCCUUCCUUUGUGGUCAAGCCCUGACUUCCGACCUCUACGCACCUAUGGUGGCUGGCGCACUAGCCCGCUUGGGAACCGUGACUGUGAUCAGCCCCCUGGAGCUGGUGCGGACAAAGCUGCAGGCUCAGCACGUGUCAUACCGGGAGCUGGGUGCCUGUGUCCGAGCUGCCAUGGCUCAGGGCGGCUGGCGCUCGCUGUGGCUGGGCUGGGGCCCCACUGCCCUUCGGGAUGUGCCCUUUUCAGCCCUGUACUGGUUCAACUAUGAGCUGGUGAAGAGCUGGUUGAGCGGGCUCAGGCCAAAAGACCAGACAUCCGUGGGCAUCAGCUUUGUGGCUGGCGGCAUCUCAGGGACGGUGGCGGCCAUCCUGACUCUACCCUUUGACGUGGUGAAGACGCAACGCCAGGUCGCACUGGGAGCGGUGGAGGCUGUGAGAGUGACGCCCCCACACGCCGACUCCACCUGGCUGCUGCUGCGGAGGAUCCGGGCUGAGUCUGGCACCAGGGGACUCUUUGCAGGCUUUCUCCCAAGGAUCAUCAAGGCUGCCCCCUCCUGUGCCAUCAUGAUCAGCACUUACGAGUUUGGCAAAAGCUUCUUCCAGAGGCUCAACAGAGAACAGCCUCUGGGCUCUUAAAAGGAGCCAGGGGACAAGGACCCUAUCUCUUCCAUGGAUGGGGGUGGGGCAGAAGGAGACUGAGCCAAGUGCCUUGUCCUCAGCACUGAGGGGAGGAGCCUCAUUUCCCUUCCCUCUCAACUAUGAGCUCCAGGGGUUGGGGCUACCCCUCUAGGUCUGCCAAGGCCCCCCUAAAACAGCUUUCUUCCUGCUGUUCCUCAUUCCCAAGCCCCAAGGAUAAUCACUUUUCCAGCCCCCCGCCCCGACCAAGUUCAAGACCAAAUCUGAUAACUGCCCCCUCCCUUCCCACCAUUUCCCUGUGUUUGCUGUAGCUGGGUCUGCUUCUGGGAGCCACAAAACCCUGGGCCUGGUGUAGUCUGCACCCUUCCCUGUUAAUUCCUUGAGUCUAAAGAUGAUGAACUUCUC